AAGGCCUGCAAGAUGUCGGCGCUGGGGGAUUGUGAGUUUUUGGUGAAGCGAGCCCGGGAGCUAGUCCAAGGAGACCUGUGGGCUGCCAAGGCUUGGCUUAUCACCGCGCGGAGCCUCUAUCCUGCCGACUUCAACAUUCAGUAUGAGAUGUACUCCAUUGAGAAGAAUGCAGAACGAACAGCAUCAGCAGGCAGAUUGUUAUAUGACAUGUUUGUCAAUUUUCCAGAGCAACCAGUGGUUUGGCGGGAGAUUAGUAUUAUCACAUCAGCACUUCGUAAUGAUUCACAGGAUAAGCAGACACAGUUUUUAAAAGGUUUAUUUGAAACUCUUCCCGGCCGAGUUCAAUGUGAAAUGUUAUUAAAAGCUACAGACCAGUGCUUCAAUACUUUAGAACGGGCAGAAAUGUUACUUCUGCUUUUACGGCGUUUUCCUGAGACUGUGGUUCAGCAUGGGGUGGGCCUUGGGGAAACGUUGUUAGAAGCAGAAAAUAUUGAAGAUCAAGAAUCGCCUGUUAAUUGCUUUAGAAAAUUAUUUGUUUGUGAUGUUCUGCCCUUAAUAAUUAACAACCCUGAUGUACGACUUCCUUCCACUCUAUUAUACAAGUAUCUGAAUAAAGCUGCAGAAUUUUAUAUUAAUUAUGUGACUAGAUCAUCACUGACAGAAAACCAGUAUCCAGGAACACAGGACACAUCUGAUCUUGUGUCCCCUAAUAAACGAAGUGCUCAGAAAUAUAUCAUUGAAGGUGUCAUUGAGAAAUCAUGCCAGAUUACAGAUCCUUGGGAAAGGAUAUUCAAAAUACUGUCUGUAGUGGGUGUGAGAUGUGAAUGGCAGAUGGACGUGGCAAGAAGAAGCUUUGGUGACAUAUUGCUGAAAAUGAAAGAUGUCUGCAGAUAUAUAAGUAACUAUGAUAAUGAAGCUCAUGCAAAGUACAAGACCCAAGUAGUGUAUUCCACAAUGCUGGUCUUCUUCAAGAAUGCAUUCCAGUAUGUCAGCAGCAUUCAGCCUUCUCUUUUUCAGGGAUCAAAUGCUUCAAACCAAGUUCCAUUGAUUCUCAUCGAGGAUGUGUCCAAUGUUUUUGGUGAUACAGAUAUUGAACGUAGCAAACAUGUUCACAAGAAACGGAAACUUGCUGAAAGAGAGAAAACAAUGUAGAGCUCUGAUGAUGAAGAUCCUUCUGGGAAGGGCAAAAAUAGGCUCAUUACAAUAAAUGCAACAGAUCUUCCAAAUUCUGUUGAAGUACUAGAGAGCUUUAGAUUGGCUAGAGAGAGCUGGGAACUUCUACACUCAUUGGAAUCAUUGGAUAAAGAAUUUACAAGAAUUUGUGUGUCUUGGAAGACAGAAACCUGGCUUUGGUUCAGAAUCUUCCUCACAGAUAUGAUUAUCUAUCAGGGUCAGUACAAGAAAGCAAUUGCCAGUUUACAUCACUUAGCAUCUCUGCAAGGAUCUCAUUCUCCACAACAAAUUAUGGGGCAAGGAUCACUAGAAAAUCAACGACCUCUAAUCCAAUUAGCGACUUGUCAUUUUGCCAUUGGAGAAUACCAUUUGACUUGUGAAAAAAUUCUUGAUGUAAUGUGUUACAUGACACUUCCCAUACAAGAAGGAGCCAAAAUACAAGAUCAGCCUAUAUUAAAGUCAAAAUUCAGGAAAGUUUCAGAGCUGAAGCUUUGGCCAUGCACCAGUAAAACUGUUAUGCCUUAUUGUCUCCGAUUACUUUUAGCUUGUUUUAAGCUGAAAGCUUUCACAGACAAUAGAGAUGAUAUGGCAUUGGGUCAUGUGAUUGUGUUGUUACAGCAUGAGUGGCCAAGGGGUGAAAACUUAUUCUUGAAAGCAGUUAACAAAAUCUGCCAGCAAGCAAACUUCCAAUAUGAAAAUUUUUUCAACUAUAUUACAAAUAUUGAUAUGCUGGAAGAAUUUGCCUACUUAAGGACACAAGAAGGCGGAAAAAUUCAUUUGGAAUUAUUGCCAAAUCAGGGAAUGUUAAUAAAGACUUCUAGCCCUCCGCUGGGGUUACUGCAGCAGGAAUUCAUACCUGUACUACAGCCCAGCAUGCAGACUGCUGACAGACAUCACACAAUCACCAGAGGAAUCACCAAAGGUGUGAAGGAAGAUUUCCGUCUGGCAAUGGAGCGCCAAGUAUCACGCUGUGGAGAAAAUUUGAUGAUGGUAUUGCAUAGAUUUUGUAUGAAUGAGAAGAUUUUGCUUCUUCAGACAUUGAGCUGAGUAGACUUUAUUUGAGCUCCUUCAUUGGAGCUGAGAAGAAGCAAAUAAGGAGGAAAAUCGUUAACAUUCCAUUGG